CCCUCGCUUGUUUUGGCUUAACCAGCGGUCCGAUCCGAGUUUCACUUUUACAGCAGCAGUCUUCAACUAACUCGUAAAGAAAUCUUGUCAAGCCUUCAAGCUUCCGCUACAGGCGAUGGUAUAAUCCGUGUAGGUAAACGGCUUUAACAGAAACAGGGUUGACAACGAAUGGAGCUCCUGUGGACGAUCGCGGAGCUCUUCUUCGCCCUGAUUCUCAUCGUUGCUUCGCUGUUCCUCUCCGCAAUGUUCUUCGAAGCCUACCGAAGAAGAAACAACAACAAGCACAUCGAUUCUCCUGCCUUUUUCGAGGAUCCGACUUCGUUGAAGCAGGUUCCAUGUCCACAUCUAGUUGAUCCUGCCGAAAAGUACAUAUCUUUGAUCAUUCCCGCAUUCAAUGAAGAGCACAGACUUCCUGCAGCUCUUGAUGAAACAAUUGACUAUCUCGAUAAACGGGCAGCAAUGGAUAAGUCUUUUACUUACGAGGUACUUAUUGUUGAUGAUGGAAGUGCUGAUGGAACAAAAAGGGUGGCAUUUGACUAUGUAAGGAAAAACUCGGUUGAUAAUGUAAGGGUUAUCCUUCUUGGGCGAAAUCAUGGUAAAGGAGAAGCAAUUAGAAAAGGCAUGCUUCAUGCACGUGGUGAAAUACUUCUAAUGCUGGAUGCAGAUGGAGCAACAAAGGUUAACGAUCUGGAGAAGCUUGAAAAUAAGGUCCAUAAUCUGAUCCGUGCAGUUGCAAGUGCUGAAGAUACCAAGGAUGGAAAGUCAGGUUUUAGGAUAGCUGACAUCCCGGUAGCUGCAUUUGGUUCCCGUGCUCAUCUUGAAGAGAAGGCUUUGGCAACAGUUUAGUCUUAUGAUCCUCUUCUUGCUGGUUUGAUUGCAUCUCCAAGUUUUAAUUCCCAUGAAUGUUUCAUUGUUGACAUAUUUGAUCAAAUUAUUUUCCUUUUCAUCUUUCAGAGGAAAUGGUACCGUAAUUUUCUGAUGAAAGGAUUCCAUAUUGUGGUUCUCAUGGCUGCCGGUCCUGGUAUACGCGAUACCCAGUGUGGUUUUAAGAUGUUUACAAGGGCUGCUGCAAGGAAGCUUUUCACAAAUAUUAGGCUCAAAAGAUGGUGCUUCGACGUCGAGCUGGUUUUCCUGUGCAAACAGUUUGGCAUCCCGAUGCUGGAGAUUUCAGUCAACUGGUCGGAAAUACCAGGGUCGAAGGUCAACCUAUUAAGUAUCCCCAACAUGCUGUGGGAGCUUGCACUAAUGUCAGUGGGAUAUAGGACCAGAUUGUGGAAAAUUUCCUAUUGAAUCUUCAGAAUAGAGAAAUAUAUGCAUGUCCUUCCCUUGUCCACACUAACUCUGAAGGAAGGGAUGGAAGUUGUCUUCUUCCUAUAGCAAACCACCAAUGUCCUUCCUCACUAGGCACCAACCUCACUUUUACACUGCAGCUGUUUAGGACAAUUCCUUGUAGAAACCAAAAAAAAAAAAAACCCUCUUGACAUUUACAUCUCAAUUCAGGCAGACACUUUCUAAAGUUUUCUUCUUUUAUCACAUUUUUGGGCAGGUGAUUCUGUUCCAACGGAAUCGAUCAUGUUACUGAUCAUAAACUCUGUUU